AUGACCACGAAAAGAGCUAAAGGGGGUGUGAAGAUGACGAUAAAGCUCAAGUUAUCGGAGGGAUCCAAAGAUCGCAACCUCCUCCGCGUAUCUCUUCCACGUGCAGCUGCCGAUCCUGCUACUUUCGGAUCCAAACGGUCAAAGCAAGAUUCUCGUUUGACUCGUUCAGUUCGGCUUGCGGACUUGAUUCGUCUUCACAACGCCGAGGUCAAGGAGCAUGGACCUAAGCUUGAACCUGAUGGAGUUAAGGACUUAAAGCUUGAACCAGUGGAGCAGCUUGAACGUGAGGAAUCUGGAGUUAAUCUUGAGCUUAGGUGGAGAAGACACGAUCCUAAACCUCCCUGGUUUUUGAUCCAAGCUCAAGAUAUCAGCAAAUGGGCAUGUGAUUCAUUUGCACUCUUUUUCCCUUACCUUUGGUUUUGUCCCAUUGGGAUUUCCAAAGGAAGGUUAUUAAUGAGGCUUAUGUUUCACAUUCCAAUAACCCAUUAUGCUGAUCAAGACCCAAGCCCAUCAAGUGGGAAGAUUGAAAACGUGGCCAUGAAGUCCAAGGGUCUAUUUUAG